AUGCGCCUCGCCCUCGCCGCCGCCGCCGCCAUCACGGCAUCCCUCCCGGCCGUCCUGGCCGGCACGUCCCCCCGCUCCCGCGUCGUCCCCAGCGACACCCUCCUCCGCGCCGACGACGUCCUCUCCCUCCCGUACGAGUCCCACCCGCCGAGCGUCCUCCUCCGACGGACCCUCCUCUCGCAAGAUGCGUCCACCUCCGUCACAACCGCCUCGGACAACAAGACCACCGACGGCGGCAACAACAACAACAAUUCCGACGUAUUAACCGUCCGUGCCAUCAACGCCACCGCCUGGGACGCCGUCACCGACGCCGCCUGCGUCGACGCCCUCGCCGCCCUCACCCGCAGCACCAACCCCUCGGGCAACUGCCUGUGCUACAACCUGCCCUCGCUCGACACCGCCACGGGCGUCUUCGAGGCCGACCUGCGCCUGUAUCGCAUCUCGGCGCCGCGCGACGCCUUUGCCGGCGUGGCGCCCACGGACAUCUCUGUGGGCGUCUCGUACAGCGGCGCGUCGGUUAGCCCCGUCAACGCGGACGAGCUCAUGGGCCUCGGCGCUGUCGCGAACCGCACCAGGCUCGUCAUCGCGCCGCGCGCAGACCAGAAUCAGGGUCGUGAUGCCGCCGCCGCCGCCGCCAAUGGUGAUGGGCCUAAGCUGCUCCGCAAGUACCUCUUUGUCGGCCAGAUCGACAAGGCGCGCAUGGAGCAGAACAUGUCCAUGGCCACCAUCGAGUCCCUCAUCCUCCCCACCUUCACCCUCUCCGCCACGGACCGCACCGGCGCCCCCAUCAGCACAAACGUCUCCCUCAACGAGGCCUCCUUCCUCACCGGCGUCUUCGCCUCCCAGGUCGUCCUGUCCGACUACUCGGCCGCGCAGGCCGCCGUCGACGACCAGCUCGCCGCCCUGCGCAACGGCACCGCCGCCUUCAUCCUCCCCGGCACCCAGCUCAUGGUCUUCCCCAUCGGCCUCGUCAUCACCUCCAUCUGGCUGCUGCUCGGCGUCACCGCCUACGGCAUCGGCACGUGGCAGCGCGUCACGUACGCGGACAUGUACAAGAGGAGGCUGCAGGUCGUGGGCAAGUCGGCGUCGACGUUUUGA